AUGAAUAGAAGUGUCAAGAAGAAGAAAGCCAAUUGCCCAUGGUCUAAAAGGCGAUUGGGUAUCCUGCGUCAAUUUAGUUCAGCUCAUACACCUCAACAAAAUGGUGUUGCUGAAAGGCGAAACAGAACACUCAAAGACGCUGCAAGAAUGAUGUUGUGUGACUCCAAGCUACCUGUUUUCUUUUGGGUGGAGGCGAUAAAUACUGCUUGUUAUGUUCAGAAUCGAGUGCGCAUCAACAAAGCUCAAAUGAAAACCCCAACUGAUUCACAUUGGAAGAGUAUCUCUGAAGAUGAAGACGAAGAAGUCGUAUACAAGCCUGUAUCUAAACCUUCUAAUUCAUCUUCUGUUGCAUCUGAGGGGGAGCCUUCUGCUGCAAUUGAGGAGGAGUCUUCUGCAACAUCUUCGGAAAAGUCCUCUGCUACUCCUUAG